GAUUAGAGGAAGCAAUAUUUCCCUGACCUCCGGAUUGUUACGUCGGACUCCUCGCCUCCAGGUGGCCAGGCUUUCUGAUCUGUUAUUUGAGGAAUACACACAUUUCGAUCAUAGGUGUUUCGUUCCGCGAAGGCAGAGCUCCAUAAUGAUGGAAAUGGAGGUGCCCGUCAUGAAUGUCAGUCAACAGGACAUGGAGCUGAUUGACAUACUGUGGAGGCAGGACAUUGACCUCGGUGCCAGGCGUGAGGUGUUUGACUACAGCCACCGUCAGAAAGAGCAUGAACUGCAGAGGCAGCGGGAGCUGGAGGAAGAGAAGAGGCUGCAGCUGCUCAGGGAGCAGGAGAAGGCCCUGCUGGAGCAGCUACAACUGGAUGAGGAGACGGGCGAGUACAUACCCCGCCCCCCACCGAGCACCCCACUGCAGUCAGCUGCCACACCUCUAGAGGUUACACAGAAUGCCAAUUUUACAGGAGAGGAUGGUGAUGGCAUGUCAUUUGAUGAAUGUUUGCAGCUGCUGGCAGAGACAUUUCCCCUGGUAGAGGCAACUGAGGACACCCCUGUUGGUGUGGACACGACUGUUCCGGCCCCCAGCAACAGUCACAUCAUGAUGUCCCCUGAGCAGCCAGCUUUGCCUCAGACCCCUCUUUCCCCAGAUCCACUAGUACCCCAGAGAACCUCCCUAGAUUUGGAGCAAGCCUGGAUGGAGCUUUUGUCCCUCCCUGAGCUGCAGCAAUGCCUGAACAUGCAAAUGGAGGAUACUCUGGAGACGACUGCAUAUCCUGUUACAAACAGCCCUGAAGUUCAGGAUGCAAACUACAGCUUUUACCCAUUGCCUAAUCUUACAGAUGUGGGGCCAAACAAUGUAGAUGUUUGCCCCCCUGAAAUGCUUCAUGCACUCGACACAUUUCCCAACGUGGCCCCACCAGACAGCCUCAAUCAGAUGACGGCAAAAGCCCUUCAGUUAAAUACCAGCUUCAGUGCAGACAAUUUCUGUGACAUGUUUUACCCCAACCCCAUCCUGAGUACAAAAGAGAGCACUGACAACCCACAUUGCCUAGAGGGGAAUGGAAGCAGCACCUUGUCUGAGGUACCAAACAAACCUGCCUUCCAGCCAAUGGACAUUCACAGCCUUUCACCUGGAGACACAUUUGAGAGAUGCAAACAAGAAGUGAUGGCAGAAUUGCCGGAUUCAGAUUCAGGAAUCUCGUUGAACACAAGUCCAAAUGCUAGUUCACCUGAGAAGUCUGUAAGCGGUGAUGGGUCUUUUGGUUUUAGCGAUUCAGACAUGGACGAACCAGACCUCAACCCUGGUAGUGAAGAAUCUGAUUACUCAGAAAUGUUCUGCUUGAAUUUCCAACCUGAUGAUCUCCAGCCAGCAGCUUCUCUUUUGGCACCCGUUGGUCAGCAACAACAGCAGCAGGAAAAGAAACUCAAACAACCCAGGACGGAGCCAGCAGAGGAGACUGGCCACAACAAAGCUCCCUUCACUAAAGACAAGCAGAGGAAAACCUAUGAGGUGCGUCUCUCCAGAGACGAGCAGAGGGCUAAGGCCCUCCAAAUCCCUUUCACUGUAGACAUGAUUAUCAACCUGCCUGUGGAUGAUUUCAAUGAGAUGUUGUCAAAGCACCAACUUAACGAGGCCCAGCUGGCUCUGGUCCGAGACAUCAGACGCCGCGGGAAGAAUAAAGUAGCCGCCCAAAACUGCCGCAAACGCAAGAUGGAAAACAUAGUGGAGCUGGAGUAUGACCUAGACUCACUGAAGGAGCAGAAGGAGCGUCUGCUGAGAGAAAAGAGCCAAAAUGACAGCAACCUGAGGGAGAUGAAGCUGCAGCUCAACAGCUUGUAUCUGGAGGUAUUCAGUAUGCUGAGAGAUGAGGAGGGCAACUCCUACUCCCCAUCUGACUACUCUCUCCAACAGACGUCUGACGGUAGCGUCUUCCUUGUUCCUCGCACUAAAAAGACACCCGUGAAGAACAAAAACAAGCACUUAUCUUUGUAAUAUGGUACUACACUAUUAUCAUAGUAAUACUAUGCAAUAACUUUGUAGUUGCUCAGCUUUAAGUCUAAGUAGAUCAGCAGAACUAUUAUAUAGUUUUGGCUUACUCCUCUUGAAUGUUGUACUAUUUUUGAUAUUUUACUUCUUUUGUACUGCUUUCUAAUACCCUCAGAUUCCUUUACCAAUAUUGUUUGUAAAUAAGCAUUAUUUGCUAUUGAGAUUGACAAAUGUAUUUUAAUGUAUAUAUCUAUAUAUGUAUAUAUCAUGUUUCAGUAUGCUAAUGACUUUGUUUCAAUCACUGUUACUCCUAUGUCUGUUUUAUAACUUUACCUUUUGAUUUGCUACCCAGUUUUUUUUUGUUUUUUUUUUAAUCCUGACUUCUGUGCUUUUCAAUAAAGUAUCCAUAUAACCA